UCGAACCCUUUCCGUAUUAUUUCUCAGGCUUCGGAAAUUUGCAUACGACAGGGAAUCAUAUCGCCACUUCAGCUGUGGACUUUUUUGUCCAUCAUUCGCGUUGCUAUUUAUUAAGCGCAAGUAGAACUUAUCGUUUACUUGGACUUGAACAGCAAUGGGUAGAUAACAAGGUACGGUCAGCUGCGAUACCAUGGGAGAACAAAAAAAAGAAUAAUCAUCGACCACUAUGGUAAAUUGCAAAAAUUCGAAUUCCACUUACUAGAUAUGCAGCUUCCUUUCCAAAUAAUAUUUUAUUGCGAGUGACGUUACAUUUUUUCUGCUGUUUCUCCACUUAGCUUUUUUCGAAUGGAAGAGAGAGAAUCGUUCGAAGAAGGAUGAGAAACUUGUCGGAUAAUCCAAAGGCUGAACAAGGUUGAGCAGUAACCUGCAAAAAUCUUACCAUGGUGGGGCAAAAAGGUCGUACGUUCCCUCUAGGUGGUGCAUGCAACGAGGGGAGGAAAGAUAGCUUUUUACACGGCUACUUUUUUCUCUCUCCCUUACCAUCACUUGUUCUCAGAGAUCGCGAAGGUGGUAGGGAUCGAAGCACGGUUUUUGCAUCGAGGGCUAAAGAGGGACUUGUACAUUUUACGUGCACGUCUACCAUGUACGUAUUCGUGUACCUUAAAUUCGAGUCGUUAUGUAUGUAUUCGUAUGUACUUGUAUGUAUUCGUUUAUUAAUAAACGAACAUAUCCAGGGCGCCAUGACCCACGACAAAAGCCAAAAGUGACGAGAACGAACGUGAAAUAAAAAAUGAAAAAAAACGCAUAGAAAUACGCCAACGCGACGUUCAUUUCACCUAUAAAGGCCUGAAUUGUACCAGAGGAUGAGUCGAGGAAUAAUCGUACAAGUAAGAAUUGCAGCGUUUAUUAAUUAUCGUAAUUUGGAAUUCGAACGAACAUUUACGUUCGCGGUAAUGCCCAUCGUUAGUUAUCGCCCCGAUGCUCGAAGUGGGGGUAGCCGUCCGAAGGGAGGGGAUAACUGCACGCGAUUGGGGGAAGUGGUGAGGGAAGCUCCGCACGUUGUGUGGUCCGGGAGAGGGGACAACGCGCAGCGGAAUGGAAUCACUCAUUCGAUGGCCGGCAACGCACCCGGCAACAUCGUUCCGAGUGUCUCGGUGUCGUUCAAAGUUAUGAUACAUAACAAAAUCGUAGAGCAAUAUUUCCUACGCGCGAUUACAUUUGUACAUAAAUACGAUCCAAGUGUGGUUGUCUUCUCCAACGCGUACACGCGUAAAUCAUUAAUUCUUAUCGUUUUGCUUUUCCCUCGUUUUUUUUUCGGAUCUCGUUUAAACUAAAUAAAUAGUAAACAUCUUUUCUUUCUUUUCAUCUACAAUCGUUCGUACCGGUUUAACGUAACUAUCCGCAAUGUCAAAGUAAUGCUGUCUAACCAACGAUCCGUGGCGAACAAUAUCGAGCCGCUUGUACCUUUAUCGAUAAACGGGCGUCGAAUGUGCGGUCGAAUUGUUAAACGCAUGGAUUUUUCGGUGUGCUGUGAGUGUCCACGAGGACGGUAGCUUCACAGUGUCGUCCCCUCGAAGAUGGAAAGUCGCGUGCUCGGUGGACCAGGAACGGAAGAGACGACAGUGGCGGCGACGACAACGUGUGCCAUCGGGACACCCUCUCCAGUACCAGCGGCGCCUAUCAACGCGGUUCCAGGCGUUGGCGGUACCGGCGCUCUUACCUCGGCCACUUGUACCAUUCAGAAUCCAGUGGUGGUCGUCGCGAGUACGCCGACCAAGCAUCAACAAUCCCCUGUCGUGCUGUCCUCUGUUCCCGCCAUCCCCACCGUGUCCGCUGUCACCACUGUCACCGCCUCCGUACCGAAGAUACUCAGCAGAAACGUCAACGGCACGCUGGUGCAGACAUCCGUCCCCCAGAAUGAAGCAGAACUGCAGCUGUACAGAGUCAUGCAGCGUGCUUCCCUGUUGAGCUACUACGACACGCUCUUGGAAAUGGGUGGCGACGACGUGCAGCAGUUAUGCGACGCCGGCGAGGAGGAGUUUCUAGAAAUCAUGGCAUUAGUUGGUAUGGCGAGCAAGCCUCUACACGUCAGAAGGCUGCAGAAAGCCCUCCAGGAGUGGCUCACGAAUCCUUCACUUUUCCAGACGCCAGUGGUACCGACGAGCGCUACGUGCAAGAAUCCUGCAGGCAUAGGGUUCCCGUGCGUCAGUCCUAGGCCUCAAGUACAAAAUCUUCAGGGUUUCACGACAAGCUCGCAAACGCCUACCCCAACGCCGUACGUCUCGUCACAUGUAUCCCUAACGCCAUUGCCGUGCAGAAGCACCAGUCCCAUUGUUUCGGUCACGAGCGUGACCGCACCGGUUCCCUCGACCACUUUUCGUCAGAGCCCAAGCCCUAACGCGCCUCUGGCUUACGCAGCCUCUCACAGCCCUGGGGUACUACAGGUAGGAACGUGCGAGUCUUCCUGCGGCAGCGGCACGACGCCAAGUCCUAGCGACGGCGGUGGUGCACCUGCGAGUCCCACGCAACCGACACCCACCCUCUUACAAUCGCAGAUACAAAGACUCGCCGAGGCAGCCGAAAGGCUUGCCGCUACUAUUCGACCUGUGGACCCAAAGCCUCAUAACGUGAAGAAGAAGAUUUGCAAAAAUCUAGAGAUGGUAAUGGCUAUGCCUGAUAGCGAUCCGCGCAGAAUGGAAGAGAUUCGAAAGUACGCGGCGAUUUAUGGGAGGUUCGACUGUAAAAGGAAGCCAGAGAAACCGCUGACGUUGCACGAAGUGUCGGUAAACGAAGCUGCCGCGCAAAUUUGCAGGUUCGUACCUGCCCUUCUUACUAGAAGAGACGAACUUUUUCCUUUGGCCCGACGUGUUGUGAGAGAUUCUGGGUAUCAUUAUUCGAAAAGUCAUUACUUGUCCGUAUCAAGGCUGCGUGAAAAUGGCGAAGAAAAUGAGAGCGAUCAUACGAAACGACAAAAGCUCGAACUCGAGGGUGAGAAUGAAGAUGUGACGCAGGAGGAGUUGGACCUUCGCUGUUCCGAGAUGGAUAUUAGCAACUCGACGCGCAGGAGACAUCAGUCGUCGAGUCCAGUUUGGAGGAAGAAGAAUAACAACGGUAUGUUUAGCGCGAGUAUCGAAGAGAUCAGUGAUUCCGAUAGUCAACUUUCGUUUUCCAAUGAGGAAUCUUCGUCCAUACAUGACACUCACGAAGCUGAAGCAGAUAUUACCGAUAAAGAAAGUGACUUUAAUCUGAAGGUGAUAGCCUCGCGCGGGGACAAUAUUAUCGCGGUAGCGAAUCCUGCACUGAUGGAAUGCAACCAUCCUAUAAAAGAGGAACCAACAGACGAGAAACCUACACUGUGAUAUCAUUACAGAAUGUAUUAUUAGGUCGAGAUCAUUCCAACAUGUUAGAACUUACGUAUUACGAUUAGUAUUAUCAUUAUUUCUAUUUGAUUGUUACGAUACUUAAUAUUAUUAUACUUACACCAACCAUUGCUAUGAUUGUAAAAACCUGUUUAGUAAUCUUUAACAUCGGAAUUGAUAAGAUUCAUCGUUAUGUUUGUAAAAUUAACAAGGUUACGUUAAUACAACGCAUCGCAUACUUUUAAUCAAAUCUUAAUACACGUUUUAAAGUAUAAAGAUAGCUUUAGGUAUUGUAUAAACCGAAAUCAAAACAAAGUACGACUGAAAUAUAGUUACGCAUUGUAUAACAGUUAAACUUGUAAAUAUAUAAAGAACAUUUUCUAUUGUA